GGCCGCGCCGCCCCUCGCAGCCGCGCCGCUACUGCCUUGUCCUCGCCGCCCGAGCCGGACGCCAUGCCCCGAGAAGAGUGAUCUCUUCCCCUGUUUUCACAAUGGAGGACUCGGGAAAGACUUUCAGCUCUGAGGAGGAAGAAGCUACCUAUUGGAAAGAUCUGGCAAUGACCUACAAGCAGAGGGCAGAGAAUACACAAGAGGAGCUCCGAGAAUUCCAGGAGGGAAGCCGAGAAUAUGAAGCUGAGUUGGAGACUCAGCUGCAGCAGAUUGAAACCAGGAACAGGGACCUUCUGUCGGAAAAUAACCGCCUUCGCAUGGAGCUGGAGACCAUCAAGGAGAAGUUUGAAAUGCAGCACUCUGAAGGCUACCGACAGAUCUCAGCCUUAGAGGAUGACCUUGCACAGACUAAAGCAAUUAAAGAUCAAUUGCAGAAAUAUAUCAGAGAGCUGGAGCAAGCAAACGAUGACUUGGAAAGGGCAAAACGAGCCACGAUCAUGUCUCUGGAAGACUUUGAGCAGCGCUUGAAUCAAGCCAUUGAAAGAAAUGCCUUCCUGGAAAGUGAACUUGAUGAGAAGGAGAAUCUCCUGGAAUCUGUUCAGCGACUGAAGGAUGAAGCUAGAGACUUGCGGCAGGAAUUGGCUGUGCAGCAGAAACAAGAGAAACCCAGGACCCCCAUGCCCAGCUCGGAAGCUGAAAGGACUGACACAGCUGUGCAGGCCACUGGCUCCAUGCCAUCUACGCCUGUAGCUCAUCGAGGAACCAGCUCUAGUUUAAACACUCCAGGGACUUUCAGACGCGGGCUGGAAGACUCCACUGGUGGGACGCCCCUCACACCUGCCGCCCGGAUAUCGGCCCUCAACAUUGUGGGAGACCUGCUGCGCAAAGUCGGGGCGCUGGAAUCCAAACUUGCAUCCUGCCGGAACUUGGUGUAUGAUCAGUCCCCAAACCGAACAAGUGGCCCAGCCUCAGGGCGGGGAAGCAGGAACAGAGAGGGCAGCGACAGACGGCCGAGCAGCACCAGUGUGCCUUUGGGUGAUAAAGGGUUGGGAAAACGCCUGGAAUUUGGGAAGCCGUCUUCACAUGUAUCCUCUCCGUCGCUGCCGUCAGCCCAGGGUGUAGUCAAGAUGUUGCUUUAGGAAAAAAAGCACGGAAGCUGAAGCCCUUGGUGUUUGUGCAGGAGUUGUUAUCUCUUUCCCUCUUUAUGCUAAGUUUUCAGUGUAUUUUUGUUUUUUUUUAAGUUAGCUUGAGAUAUAAGAGCCAGUAGUCACCAUAGUUCACUUUGUGUUUUGUGGCCCAAGCCAAGACUGAGGCCGUUACCUGUGGCCCCUGGAGUCUGUCCCCAUGAGAUGACAUCUCAUCACCCCUAGCCUCACUGUAGGUGUGUGCAUUGCAGAGACAGAGACAGGCUGGGCUGUCCGGAAAAGGCUCUAUCGUGUGGGUGAGGAGGCUACCCCUCAUUUGAGCUAACCCAAGAGUCUUGGUUGGUCUCAAGAGGUUUUUUUUAAUGUCUGGAGUCUCCUUAAAAAUGAGAUCCGAGCCCACUCAGCUUGAGUUAUCUUUCAGAAUAGAAUCUCCCAAUGUUUUAACCGUGUGCUGAAAUCAUGCAUAGGAGUAUAGAACAGAAUAGGCUCAUGCCUUUUUUUUAAACUGUCGUAGUGUAUCUCUGAGACUUUUUAAUCUGCCUCUAAUUGAAGUUUUUAGAAAUGUGUUUGAGUUGGAGUAAUUCCCAGGUCGAUCAGGGUCAGUGGAAAAUCUGCAUCCUCUUUAGGUAAAUCCUGACUAUUAGUUUUUCUGAGUCCCCCACCUUGGUAGGGGGGUGAUUUCUGCUCUAGGACUCCAGGGGUCACUGGGGUAGAGUGGCCUUGGUAAUGCAACCCUUAAGAACAAUAUUUCAUUCAAAGCCAUGAUGAAAUAACCGGGGUGACCUUCAAAUAAGAUUCAAGCAUGAGAUUGUUUCUAGAAGUUUCUUUGUCAGACGAAAAAACCAACACAGAAUUUUCAACACUCAACGACGCCUCUGUUCGUCACUGCUUGCUAUGAACUGCUGUCUCACGCUUUCGGACACAAGUGAAAACAGCACACUAAUUUCAGGAACACGCAUGCAGCUUAACAACCUUCAUUUCAUUACUAAGUUAUUUCCUGGAAGAAUGGCAAAAAUAUCCCCGAGUUGGAAACAGAACUCUUCAAGUGCUACUUAAAUUCAGCAGAGAAGUAGGCUGCAGUGGUGGGUUUGUCACCACAGAAACAUUCAACCUAGAUUGGUAAAAGACGUACUUUUAUUUUUUUACAAGAAUAAUAAAAUCAAGAGAAACUAUUGUUCAACUCGUUCGUGGUGGUGGUAAAUAGAUGCUUCUUUGUAUGUUUGUAUUUCUCUGUUUGCUCAUGGGUUGGUGGAAAACUUUUGUUUUUUAACCAAGUAACAACAUAUGAAAAAAAUCUGCUUUUUAAAAAUUUCUAUGCAAGUCAGCUUUUCAGAAGCAUAUCUGGGAUAUAUUUGUGCAUUGCUCAAGGUAUAUUAAUGUUUGGUUGUAUGU